AUGUCCAAUGAGCAUUCGAUGUGGCAAAUUGUUGGCCUGAGCCAAGUGGCAACAACUGUGGUUACAUCUAGUUCCGGAUUACAGAAUACAGACAACGUCCAAACAGAACCAGUCACUCUUCCACUCACAUCCUGGAAAUCCAGCUUUACAAGUUUCAAUAUGGUCUCAGGAAGUUGUGCCUGCCGCUAUAUCCGCUACACAACUACCAUUCCUCCCGACACGCUGGUUAGCUGCCACUGCGUCGAAUGCCGCAAGCAAUCCGGGGCACCCUACCAGGCCUGGAUAUCCUUCCCUGCUGAUGAUAUUACAUGGACUGUUCAGCCCACUGAAUGGCGGUCGAGUGAUACUGCUACGCGCAGUUUUUGUCCUCGCUGUGGCUCAACGAUGACCAUUUAUCUCGAUAAGGACGUAUCGAGAACGGGUGUUGCUGUGGGCACGUUGGAUGAUGAUGGGAAGACUGGAGUUCCGCGGCCUGCUGCUCAUAUCUUUUUGAAGGAGAAAGCCUCUUGGUUUGAGUUGCCUGAUGAUGGGGCUAAGAGGUUCCAGGGGUGGGAUGAAUAG